AUGUCAAGAGUAGUUUCCCUGGUAAGUCAAGGCUAAUACCUGUUUUUUUUCUUCAAUUCUUAAGUUUUCUAUUGGCCCAGAGAUCAUUUAGCCUGGAUAACAGGCGCUUUACGAGCCAAGCGAGGGGAACGGGGCAGCUUGCGUCUCGCGCUUCGCGCAAAAUGCCGCGUUCGCCUCGUAAAGCUAUUCUCCUCGUAAAGCGCUUGUUAUGCAAGCUAGAGAUCAUCACGUCACCAUUAAGCAGAAAUAACGCUGUUAUUUUCGUGCGCAGUUUGGUCCGAGUCCCCAAAGGAGUUCUGAAACAACGGAUUCUAGAAAAGUGUCGUGUUAAAAACAUGCAUACCGAUUGGAUGAUAAAACAACUAGAUUAAACACGGUUGGCAAAAUAUCACAGUUUGUCAAGGUCUCUCGGUCAAAGUAUUUGUCUUUACUGGUAUAUAAAAGAUACUUUUCUCAGCCUCGCCAUUAUCAUGGUGGUUGUAGUCGGUGUCAAAACUUACAUGGGCUUGCGAACGAAGACAUAUUCUCUCCGCUGCUACCCUUUCGGUGGAGAGACGCGCCACUGUACUGUAAACGCGUCUACUAGAAUUCUCAAUUAAUAAAUUGUCCUCUUAAAGCCCGACUUUGCUUUUUACCAGGACACUAAAGCACAGGUUCUCAUUGCAGAUACGUGGAUCAUUCAGGUAUGCUCGAUCGAUGUUUUUAUGUAUCCAUGUCACUUUAACUGCAGACGCCUCUCAUCCCGGCCCCCUCUGCGCGCUUGUAGGUCUCUUAAGCUGACAAGUAUCGGGUUGAAUUUAGUCUGUGGAAAGCCCAAGAACUUUAAAGCUUAAGUCUGCAAUGUCGAUUUACUUAAAUUCUUUUUUAACAAAAAGCUUAUUCCAAGUUGACUGUGGUCUCCUAACUUUCAUUGGUGGAUUAAUAAUUCAUUUUUUGUCCCGUGACAAUGCUAUUCAUCAGUUCAGGAUUUUAAUUGGCCCAUCUGAACGAGCUCAUAUUCUAUAGAGAUCCAACAUGAUCAAUCACAACCAAGUAGAGGUUCAACUGUUCAUAAACCUCAUGUUGGAUCUCUUUAGCGUUUAAACUAGCGCUAAUAUCUGGCAAGAGAUGAAGGAUCUGCCAGUUUUGCGUGUGGCUAAGGACAAAUAUCUGAAUCUUAACAUGUAUGUUUUCAUCACAGGUGUGGAAGAAUCCUUACUUGAGCUGGAAUGAAACCAAAUAUGACGGUCUACAUACACUGCACAUAUCACCUAAUGAGCUAUGGGUCCCGGAUGUUGUGCUUUAUAACAAGUAAGAACCACAUACGUCUCCCUCAUCAUUAGACCGCCAGCGGUCGCCCUUCUUUCCUCAGCCACGCACGGAGAACGAGAAAGUAAAAUUAUGCAAAUUAAUGGUGAAAAUGAGGGGAGAGGAGAGGUUGGGCUUCGGUCGAUUUUCCACCCAACUCGUUCCUUGCGGCUUCGCAGCCAGCGACUCGUGUUGCUCUUGAUCCAAAGAAAAAGAAGAGACUGUUCACAGUCUACUUCAUCAUCGUUUCUCUGAUUCUCCCAACAUCUUCUCCUUUUCUUACUUUCNAAGGAUCUGCCAGUUUUGCGUGUGGCUAAGGACAAAUAUCUGAAUCUUAACAUGUAUGUUUUCAUCACAGGUGUGGAAGAAUCCUUACUUGAGCUGGAAUGAAACCAAAUAUGACGGUCUACAUACACUGCACAUAUCACCUAAUGAGCUAUGGGUCCCGGAUGUUGUGCUUUAUAACAAGUAAGAACCACAUACGUCUCCCUCAUCAUUAGACCGCCAGCGGUCGCCCUUCUUUCCUCAGCCACGCACGGAGAACGAGAAAGUAAAAUUAUGCAAAUUAAUGGUGAAAAUGAGGGGAGAGGAGAGGUUGGGCUUCGGUCGAUUUUCCACCCAACUCGUUCCUUGCGGCUUCGCAGCCAGCGACUCGUGUUGCUCUUGAUCCAAAGAAAAAGAAGAGACUGUUCACAGUCUACUUCAUCAUCGUUUCUCUGAUUCUCCCAACAUCUUCUCCUUUUCUUACUUUCCUCAGCGCAGACGAGGACGUGACUCUUGCAGGCUUCAAAGAGAAGUUCAAAACCUACGUGAUCGUGGACAGCAGUGGUGUGAAUAUGUGGAUGUCUCCGGCUUCUUUCAAAAGCUCCUGUGACAUGGUGAUCAGAUUCUACCCCUUUGAUAGACAAACCUGUCAUCUGACUUUUGGUUCGUUGACAUUUGACAGCAGGUUGUUAAAAAUGAUGAACAAGGACGACAGUCAUUCGACAUCAGGUUGGACUGAAAAGAAACUUGUGUUGAUUUUGAUGUACAGAUAGAUGUUAGUAUACUAGCUUACUGUGCCCAGUUGUUCGAAAGGUAGAUAACGCUAUCCACUGGAUAACGCAAUUGAUUUCCUAAUACUUAUCCGCUGGAUAGCGAUUUAUCCAGUGAUAGCGCUAUCAAAGGUUUGAACAACCGGUGCCAGAUAUGUCAAUGUACUAGAUACUACUUACUAACUGUAGAACGUUUAUCAGAUAAACAGAGAGUUUAAUUGUAAAACCGUCAUUUAAGGUCCAUUUUAGGUAAUCUAAUGUGAGCAUUCCCAUCCCGUAUAACCCUCUUCCACAAAUAAAAAAAACAUGCCGUUAACAACUUGCUAACAAGGAAAGAGGUUGUCUAUUAGUGGCCUGGAUCAAGUUCCUAGGUGCAUGUUUGGUGGGAAAUAAGGGUAGGAAAUCGGUGAACGAGGUUAGCUGGGCGAGGGGCUAGGGCAGCUGUCAAACUUCCCCAAUUUUACUCUUCCAUUUUUCCCCUCGCUGUCUCGCGAUCUUUAGCCCCCUCCCCCCAAACAGAGAGUCGUUCACAGGCUAUUUAUGUCACUUUUUUCUUUUCAGACAAGUUCGUUGAAAGCGGAGAUUGGAAGUUGGUACACUCAUCGAUCAAAACCGUUGACAAGACGUACGAAUGCUGCAAACACCCCUACUCCGUUGUAACUUACACUCUCCACUUUGAACGGAAGUCACUUUAUCAUGUACUUUAUCAAAUACUGCCAUGUGUUGUUAUGGUUAUGCUGGUCGUUCUUAACUUCAUUAUUCCGCCUGACAGUGGAGAAAGAAUUAGCUUUUGCAUCACCAUUUUACUUUCUAUGAGCGUUUACCUGCUUAUCUUGGCCAACUCUCUGCCUGAAACUUCCGACGAUGUUGCGAUGUUAGGUGUGUAUUAUAUGGUGACCAUAGUCCUAGUCGCCUUCAGCCUCGUCGGCACUGUUGUAGUGUUAAGAUGCCACUUUGCUGAAAGUAAACCCCCUAAAUGUCUCGUGAAGUUCGCCAAGAACGUCCUUAGACGCAAAGGGAAGAAACCGACUGGUAAGACUAUGUACUUGGAGGUUACCGAUAAGCCAGUGAUGCCACAGGUAGAAGGAAAACAUGCUCUGGAAAUCAAGAAACCCUGUGACAACUCAUUGAGGGAUUCCGCGCUGGAACUUCAGGCCCAAGACGUAGAGGAAAAGAAAGAACAAAACGAUUGGAAGAACUCAUGGAAAGAGAUCGCGGAGGCAACGGAUAGAAUCCUGCUGAUUAUUUUUGUCUUCACGACGGUUGCUGCUACAGUGACCAUCUGGGUUCAACGACCGUGAUCCUUGCAACCGGAAUGUCUUAAUACGAAAUGUCGGAAGGAACUUUGAGACCACAGGAACUUCUUUUGCAAACUCCCGCUCAGGACCUUAUGACCAACAGGAGCCACUCCCAUACUAAACUUACAUGUAAUGGCUUUAUAGCAGAC